GCGGAAAUGAUCGCGCAGCUUGAUGCCUGGCACACGGACCUGCAGGAGACGUCGGCAUAUUCGCAGGCCAGAAGAUGGGCGUGGCCUACUGAGGAGGAUGUCCAUCUGCAUCUUUCCCAUGUUGCGAUCGUGCUCCUGGCCAGCUGGCUCCGUGAGGCAUACCGGGGGUUGCUGCAAACUGAAGGCCGUUGCCACGCCACAACAUCGCUCUCGACCGAGGUCUGGCGACGUUCGGCAGACGGCCUGCUUUCAGGACUCUGCCUUCGUCUCAACCGUCCCACCCCAAGCAUCUUGACUUAG